ACUCUCCCUUAGAGAAACCCCUAGAGGGUAACAGAGGGGACUGCCAGGUUGAGAGGGGGGCCCUACAGAGUACCUGAACAGAACAGCUCUGACUGGUUUGUCCAUGACAAACAUGUCAUCAUGUUACUCCACGGGACAACACACAUAAACCACACACAUGCAUACACACCCACCCCUCAACAGACAUAGACGCUUCCUCUUCAGAAUUCCACAUCAGAGGAACAGGCAAACUCGCCUCUCUGUCUCUGUCUCUGUCUCUCUCUCGUCUCUAUCAGCCAUGAGUGCGCGACGCAAACGCUUCAGUGGCAGCACCCAGAACUUCAGCAGUCGCUCUCUGGGGUCUGACUCUGGCCUUGGUUUCAGUGCUGGCUCGCUGGGCACUACCUACCCGGCGUGGGGCUUCUAUGUGGGUAAGCCCAUCACAGCUGUGUCCGUGAACCAGAGCCUGCUAACGCCUCUGAACUUGGAGAUCGACCCCACUAUUCAAGCUGUGCGCAUGCAGGAGAAAGAACAAAUCAAGAAACUCAACAAUCGAUUUGCUUCCAUUAUUGAUAAGGUGCGGCAACUGGAGCAGCAGAAUAAAGUGCUGGAGACCAAGUGGCAGGUGCUGCAGAAAGGCGCUCGUCCUCCCUCUAAGUGCGAGCCCCUGCUCGACUCCUACAUCCAGACCCUGCAGGCACAGUUACGGCAGCUUGCAGUGGACAAACAGUACCUUCAAAGAGAGCUUGAGAGGGUUCAUGUGGAAGUGGGGGACGGGAAGCAGAAGUAUGAGGAGGAGAUCAACAGGAGAAAUGGAGCAGAAAAUGAGUUUGUCAUCCUGAAGAGGGAUGUAGAUACUGCGUACCUGAAACAAUCUGAUUUGGAGGGGAAAUGGACCAGCCUCACCCAAGAUAUAAAUGUGUUCAAGACAUUGUAUGAACAGGAGCUCAGUGAGCUGCAGGCUGAGUUGCAGGACAUCUCAGUAAUCGUUGAGAUGGACAACUCACGAGAACUGGACAUGCAGCAGAUUGUGUGUGACGUGAAGGAACAGUAUGAGGGCAUUUCCUUACGCAGCCGCAAGGAAGUUGAAAUCUGGCACCAGACCAAGUUUAAUCAGAUCUCGGCCCAAGCUGACCAGUCCUCAGAGAAGCUGAGGAUAGCCAGACAGGAGAUUUCUGAUAUCAAGCGCAACCUCACAUGCCUGGAGAAUGACAUCAACAAUGCAAAAGCACAGCGUGCCUACCUGGAGGCCCAAAUUGCGGAUUCAGAGAACCAGGGGGAGGUGGCAGUGAAGGAUGCCCAAGCCAGAAUCCGAAACCUAAAGAAAACCCUUCAGGAAGGAAAGCAAGACAUGGCCAAGCAAUUGCGUGACUACCAGGAGCUUAUGAAUACCAAACUGGCACUGGAUAUUGAGAUUGCCACCUACCGUAGUCUACUGGAAGGAGAGGAAAGAAGGAUUGGAAAGGACCAUACUGUCACUGUCCAGACAACCUGAGUUCAUGCAAGACCCACCCGCUCAGAUCCCGCAAGAAGUCAACAUCAAAAGUACUCAUCAAAGUUAUUGAGGACAGUGUCUCAGAAUGCUGAGUUAUAGAGACUCAAGACAGUCAUACCUCCAGGCAGGCACACACACUUCACACACACACACACACACACACACACACAUUUCUACAUUCACAUUAUUGAAUACAGUACACUGAAUGCAUUCAAUUUUCAUUGCAUGUUUAGAUCUUCACUAUAUUUAGCUGUAACCGGGUUGUUUCAAUACAAAUAAACUGUCUGUAUGACAAAAGAU